AUGGCAAGUGAGCGGAGACUGCUUGUUCUGUACGGCAGUCAGACGGGUACCGCGCAGGAUGUGGCUGAAAGAGUAGGGAGGGAGGCUCGGAGACGACAUUUCCACACGAGAGUCUCGGAACUGGAUUCAUAUCAAGUUGCUGACCUGAUUCAUGAGCCACUGGUCAUCUUCGUGUGUGCCACUACCGGUCAAGGUGACCCUCCAGAUAACAUGAAGAAAUUUUGGAGGUUUAUCCUGCGGAAGAACCUGCCGGCCAACUCCUUGGGUCAAGUGCACUUCGCGGUGCUCGGACUCGGCGAUUCUUCCUAUCAGAAGUUCAAUGUGGUUGCAAAGAAGCUCUUCCGUCGCCUACUCCAGCUGUCCGGUCAGUCCCUGGUCAAUGUCGGACUUGCAGAUGACCAACAUGAACUCGGACCAGAUGCUGUUAUUGACCCGUGGUUGACAUCACUAUGGGAACAGGUUCUAGACUUGUGGCCCCUGCCUCCUGGGACAGAGAUCAUCCGUUCUGAUAUAUGCCCAGCCCCGAGAUUUAAGGUCACCUUCUGUGAGAGGAACUUCAGCAGUGUGAAUGGAAGCCAGUGUGUCAACAAGGGCACAUACUCUGCAACAGAUCCAUACAUGGCCCGUCUGAUUUCUAAUAACAGAGUUACUGCCCCUGACCACUUUCAAGAUGUCCGCCAUGUGAAGCUGGACACCACAGACUCAGGACUUAGCUAUACACCAGGUGAUGUUGAGACAUGUUUGACUUCAAGCUAUCACCAGGUGAUGUGAGACAUGGUGGAGGAGUUUCUUCAACAUUUCAGUCUGGACCGAGACACAGAGUUUACAGUGGAGCAGACUGAUCCUGACAUUCCACUGCCACCCUCCCUACCGCGGCGCUGCACUGUCGGCCAUCUUGUGCAGAAGUAUCUGGAUAUUGGGGGAAUCCCGCGCAGGUACUUCUUCGAACUUCUGUCUCUUCUGUCCUCUGAUGAGCUGGAGAAGGAAAAGCUGCAAGAGUUCUCGUCAGCAGAAGGACAGGAGGAGCUGUAUACCUACUGCAACAGACCACGCCGGACGACGCUAGAGGUUUUACAAGACUUUCCACAGACAAGCAGUCAAAUACCAUUUGAGUACCUCCUGGACUUGAUCCCACCGCUGCAGCCAAGAGCUUUCUCAAUAGCGUCAUCACAGCAGGCCACACCGAAUGAGAUUCAUCUAUUGGUUGCUGUUGUACGAUACAAGACGAAGCUAUUCAAACCUCGGCGAGGAGUCUGUUCUACAUGGCUGUCAUCUCUCCAGGCUGACCAGGAUGUCUGCAUCCCAGUGUGGGUGAAGAGAGGAACUAUACACUUCCCCACCUCACUACAGACACCCGCCAUCAUGGUGGGACCAGGAACUGGGGUUGCUCCAUUCAGAAGUUUUAUCCACAACCGAGCUGCCCUCAAUGCUGGAGGCAAUGUGUUGUUCUUUGGUUGUCGAAGCCAGUCUUCUGACUACUACUGUGGAGGAGAAUGGGCGGAGCUGAGUGGGCGGGGCCUGCUGCAGGUGCUGACCGCCUUCUCCCGCGACCAGGAACACAAGGUCUACGUCCAGCACCUCAUCAGGGACAAUGCGGAACUUGUCUGGGAUCUCCUUGACAACCAUCAGGCCUGGUUCUUCAUUGCUGGGAACGCCAAGAGGAUGCCGGAUGACGUGAAGGAGGCACUGCAGGAUGUCGUGAUGUCGGCUGGAGGGAGGAACGCCGCGGAGGCUGCAGAGUACAUCACCCAGAUGGAGGCCAAGAAACACUACCAGGUGGAGGCCUGGUCUUGAUGUAACAGAUCUGUUUAGCUGAACUGACUGGGUCUGGAUAUAACAGAUCUGUUUAGCUGAACUGACUGGGUCUGGAUAUAACAGAUCUGUUUAGCUGAACUGACUGGGUCUGCAUAUAACAGAUAU